UCCACGCUUGUGCAGAGCCAGCCUCUCACAAGCUUCUGCUGGCUGGGAAACGCCAGGCAGAUGCUGGGCUAGCUGGCCAUUGCAACAGGUAAACAGCUCUCUCUCCAUUGCCCCCUCCUCGCUGCCCUGCCUGCCCCCCGCAGCCCUGCUCCGUCCCAUUUCACACCCUCCAAUUCAGCGGGUGCUGCUAAGCCCUUUGGAGAAGAAAAGUAACUCCAGCUCCCGCCGGCAGCCAAACCCCGGCACGAGCCGGCACCCUCUGUGUCCCAGCCAGCCAGAGAGAAGAGGUGCCCGUUCCAGUUCGGAUACCGUUGGAGCAAGAUCUGUCGUCCUGCUACGGGUCUUGGUCUGGAGGGCGUCCCGCAAGCAAAGGGGCCAUCCCCAGAGGCAGAACCCAGAGGGGAAAGGAUGCGCUAGGAGCUCAGCCAGCGGCCCCAUGCCUGCCCGCAACCAGUCAUGUGGCUGCAGCCGGGGGCCCAAUGUGGAGCACGGGAAGUGGUACGGGGUCCGCUCCUACCUGCACCUCUUCUAUGAGGACUGCACUGGCGCCGGUCUGGCUGAUGACGUGACCGAAUACCCAGUCUCCCGUGCCCAUGGCGGAUGGCCCUCCCUCGUCUGGAAGGUGAGUCUCUCAGCUGGAAUGCUGCUCUUGUUGAUUGGAGCUGCAGCACUGGCCACAGGAUACCUGGUGCCCCCGAAGCUGGAGGGCAUCGGCGAGGAAGAGUUUAUGGUGCUUGACCUGCAGGCGAUGGCGUAUAACCAUGCCCUGGUGACCUGCAGACUGGUGGGCACUGUCCUGUGUGCCGGGGCCGGGGCCCUGGGGGUGGUGGGCGUCCUGGCGUGCAUGCUGGGCAGGGCUGCGCGAGGGGGCGAGGAAGAGGAGGAGCAGCAGCUAUCGCCCAUUCUGCGGGAGAGCCCCCUGAAGAAGCACAGCACCAUUAUUGUGCCGCCGGCAGCAGCAGGAUCACCGGCUGUGCCCUUCGGCGCUUCGCAGAUACAAAACAUACAGCCAAAGAGGGACAUACAGCUCCCCCUCCUGCCUCCCUCCACCACCGGCCCCGCUCCCUGAAGCUAAGACCUCUCCUGUCUCCCCCUGCGUUACUGUCACACCCAAUUAACAGCCCCACUGCCCCAGCUCUAAGAAGUCCCGACAUGUCACCAUUCAGUGCUAGCAGGAGGAAGAUGUGUGCAGCACCUGCACCCCUUCCCGCUGCUUCAUCUGCAGAACCUGAGGGGGAGUGUGGAGGGAGGCUGUGGCCCGGCCCCCAUGUGAGAAGAUCUGAGAACUGCUGGAGGUGUCUUCUGGCCAGGACACUUGGCUCAAACCAGAACAGAAAUGCCCCACCUGAGCUCAGGCUGAUUCAGCCUUUAAGCCAACAGGAUCAUUUCAUGCCGCAUCAUCUGGAGGCUGGGCUAUAAUUGCAACCUAUCAGCAAGAAGGAAACUGUGUUCGGAGGUAGAGGCGGAGUGUGAUUGGCCAUCACCUAAUGGACAAAGUCCCAACUUUUCUGUGGUCCACCUUCCUCUGCCCUGCUUCUUGGUCAGCUGUAACUGAAGAAAGUGUCUGAGUACCGGUCCAGCAAUGUCCUUCCAUGCUGGUUCAAUAAAGAUA